GGAAACUGUGCUGCAGUUCAGUCCACGCAUCCACAUAUCCUCAACUAUGGCAGGUCACACAGAAGUUCCGGGAGUUUCGUCGCAAAAUAUUGGAAUAGUAAUAGCUGUAAUAUCGAGUUUCAUCAAUGGGUCGACAUUUGUGCUUCAGAAAAAGGGAAUUUUACGUUCCCGGCACAGAGGAGGCUCGUAUCUGACAGACGUGGUGUGGUGGAGUGGCACCCUGAGCAUGAUUAUUGGUCAAAUUGGGAACUUCCUGGCAUACAACUUGGCCCCUGCUGUGAUAGUUACCCCUCUAGGAGCCCUUGGAGUUUUAUUUGGGGCUGUUCUGGCUGCUUGGAUCCUGGAAGAGCAUUUAAACAUCCUGGGGAAGCUCGGCUGUGUGUUGUGUUGCUGUGGCUCUGUUGUGCUCAUCAUUCAUGCACCGAAGGCAGAAGCAACGUCAAGACUGGAGCUGGAGGAAAGACUGUUGGACCCAGUGUUUGUAACUUAUGCCCUGUUGGUGGUUCUGCUGCUGAUCGCUCUGAUCGUGUGGAUCGCUCCAGCUCAUGGCAGAUCAAACGUCAUGGUCUACGUUGCCAUUUGUUCUCUCUUCGGAAACUUCACGGUUCCGAGCAGCAAAGGACUCGGCCUGGUGGCUCCGGACGCGUUUAGUGACGGUCCGUCCAGCGGCAGAGCUCUGGUUCUCUUCCUGAUGCUGCUGGGGACGCUGGCCGUCAGCAUCCUCACACAGUUUUUCUUCAUCAACAAGGCCUUGGAGUGUUUCAGCUCCAACAUAUUUGAGGCAAUAUACUACGUAGCGUUCACAUCCACUGUGAUUCUUGCCUCCGCUCUCCUCUUCAAGGAGUGGACGGCUCUAACUGCGACUGACGGCCUCGCCAUGUUUUGCGGCUUUGCAACGGUGUGUGUUGGGGUGGUUUUACUCCGCAUCUCCCAGGAGGCUUCGAUUGCUUGGAAGAGGAAGGAGGAGGGACGGGAAAAGACAGACUGAUUCAUGCCUUCAUAUUUGCAUAACUUUUGUGUCUCACAGCUAAGGCCAAAAUGUUUCAUACUCCUGCCAAAUUUUGAUUUAUAAUGAUUAUUUUUUUGACCAGCAGGUUGGAAAUUACAUAAGCAAGACAAGACAAUAAGACAUUGUCUGUUAGUGACAGAUUUUAACCUUCCUGUUGUCUUCAUUUACGAGCACCAAGAAAUAUUGUUUCCUUGUCUGAAAAAAAUCCAAAAAUUCAGCAAAAAAUUCCCCAAAUUUCAGAAAAUUUGCAAAACCUUCAGGAAGAAAAUUCAAAUAUUUCCUUAAAAGUUUCCCUUAAAAGUUUUAUUUAAAAAAAAAAAAAAAAAAUCCCCCAAAUUUGGCAAGAAAAUUCUUGUAAAUAUUUUGAAAAAAUGAGUAAAAAUCUUCCCAAAAAAUCCUGAAAAUAUCUAAAGUGAUCACAUAUAUAUCAGUAAAACUUCUAAUAUUCUCUUAAGAACAUUCACAUAAAAAUCAA